UCCCACGCUCGCCCAGCUGAUUGGCGCCGCGGGAGGCGGCGCAGCAGCAACCAUGCAGCAACUCCACAAGCUCCGCAACAACCACAUGGAGUGACCGUCAUGGCGGAGAGUUUCUGUUUCCGUUCGCUGGUCAUCGACGUGGUCGAACCCAAAGGUCCAGUCGUGCCCAAACCUCGCAGUGGUCACAGAAUAGUUGCCAGCGGUGCCAGCGUCUAUGCUUUCGGGGGCUACAACCCCGAUAACGCGGGUGAAGAUCCCAGCAGUGCGUUGUUCAAGGAGCUAUGGAGGUUCAACUCGUACACCAAGCGGUGGACGAACCUUUUCAUGACUGGCAAUGUACCGACGGAACUUGCCUCACACGCUGCUCUGCUGCACCAUGACAAGAUGCUGGUGUAUGGAGGCACAGGAGUUCCCUUUGGGGAGCGAAUUUCCAACCGGCUUUAUGCAUUCAACCUGCGAAGCCACCACUGGGACCAUGUGCCAACUAGUGGCGACCUACCCUACGAACAGUAUGGACAGGCCAUGUGCUGUCAUAAUGGCUACCUGUAUGUCCUUGGCGGCACAACAGGCUUUGAAUACUCCAUGGAAGUCCAUCGGUUGUCCCUAGAUGACCUCACGUGGAAGCGUCUCCCCUGCGAAUAUGAGCCCACACGAAGAUAUCGUCACGAACUUGCCGUCUAUGAGGAUCGGAUCAUUGUCCUUGGAGGUGGCACGGCACAUGACAGUCUGCCCCUGCGCAAGCUGCCAGCAUUCCACACAAACACUCUCCGGUGGGAGGCCCUGUUUACAGCACCUGAUCCGCGGCAUGGCUUUCCCGCAAAGCGAAGAUGCCACAGCAGUGUUCAGUACCACAACUCUGUUUUCGUGUGUGGUGGCCAUACCGGUACGCGGGUCCUCGACGAUGUGUGGAGGCUAGACCUGCCGACCCUGCAGUGGCGCAGGUUGCCCAUCUCUCUGCCGAGUCCCGUCUACUUCCACGCAGCAGCCGUGACUGAGAGUGGCCAGAUGUUUGUCUUUGGCGGUGUAACGGCUGUGGACGGCACGUCUCGCUGCAACAGCCUCUGGUCCAUGUGGCUCACGGUGCCCAGCCUGCUCGAACUUUCUUGGCUGGCUCUGUUACAAGCUGCUCCCUGGUUGGCCACCCUGCCUCCGAGGCAGCUCGCAAGAGACGGUGUUCCCCUCUCCAUCCUGGAGAGGCUGCAGCAUUGAACUCAAGCCUGUGUUGCCAGUGCCGAUGAGGUGGCAAAAGGACUUCACCACAAAGGCACACACACCUUUGUGUCGGACUUUGGUGAGCCUCUCCGUAGAGUGAUUGGCACUUGCAAAUAAAAA